AUGGACGCCGCAGCAAGCGCAGUUAGCAAGCUCCUCGCCGGUGCAGGUGAGCACUUCCACGCCGCCAAGACUGAGGAGACCAAGACGAAUGAAGUCAAGACCGAACAAGUCUCGACUGAGCAAGUCAAGGCCCCUCAGGUCGAGGUGGCUUCCAAGACCGAGGAGGUAGCUCCAGUCGUUGACACUGCUGCUACAGGAGAAAAGGAUACUACCGUGGAGCAGACCAUUGCCCCUGCUGUCGAACAUGAGCAUACCAAGGUGGAGCACGAGACCAGAGAGCAGAAGGUCGUCGAUCGCGAAGUCCACCAAGACCACUACCACACCACCGUUCAGCCUCUCCAGGACCGCCAGGUCGAUGCAGUGAAGGAGAACACUGAGGUCGAGGCAACGGAAGAGCGCAAGAUCAACAAGGACAAGGAGGGCGAGAAAGUCAAGGCUCAGGUCGCUGCCGAACAAGCAGAGUUCAAGAACACUCACGACACCGAGACCCACGAGACCAAGACCGCCGACAAGACCGCAUCGGCUACUUCUGUCCACCACCACCUCCACGAGACCAUCCAGCCCGUCAUUGAGAAGGAGCACAUCGUCCCCGAGCUCACUCACAAGAUCAAGCCCGUCCACGAGGUAGUAAAGGAACAGACCAUCGACCACGGCGUCACAACCGCGAAGCCUAUCUCGGUCAACGACUUCCAGGGCCGUCUGGAUGGCGAGACAGUCACAAAGACCAAGGUUGACGGCGUACAAACCGAGACUCACAGCGAGGCAACCGGUGUCGUCCCCAAGUAA